UCUGUUUUCAUUUUACAUAGUGUUGCUGAAGGACCGUUUAUUACAGGAGAAAAUAUUGACACUUCUAGUGACUUGAUGCUAGCUCAGAUGCUGCAGAUGGAAUUUGACAGGGAAUAUGAUGCACAGCUUCGGCGUGAAGAGAAGAAGAUCAAUGGAGACAGCAAAGUCUCCAUAUCCUUUGAAAAUUAUCGGAAGGUACAUCCCUAUGACAGUGACAGCUCAGAAGAUGAGGUUGAUUGGCAGGAUACUCGUCAUGAUCCUUAUAGAGCAGAUAAGCCUACUACUACACCGAGAAAGGGCUUCAUAGGAAAAGGAAAAGACAUUACUACUAAACAUGAUGAAGUGGUAUGUGGAAGAAAGAACACUGCUCGCAUGGAAAAUUUUGCACCUGAAUUCCAAGUUGGGGAUGGAAUUGGGAUGGACUUAAAGCUGUCAAAUCAAGUCUUCAAUGCCUUAAAGCAGCAUGCCUACUCUGAGGAACGUCGAAGUGCAAGGCUCCAUGAAAAGAAGGAGCACUCCACUGCUGAGAAAGCAGUGGAUCCUAAAACACGUUUACUUCUGUACAAGAUGGUCAAUGCUGGGAUGCUGGAGACCAUCACAGGCUGCAUCAGCACAGGAAAAGAAUCUGUUGUUUUUCAUGCAUAUGGAGGAAAUGCAACUGAAGAUAAAGUUAUACCUCCAGAAUGUGCCAUCAAAGUGUUUAAAACAACUCUUAAUGAAUUCAAGAACCGUGACAAAUAUAUUAAGGAUGACUACAGAUUUAAAGACCGCUUCAGUAAAUUGAAUCCACGAAAGAUUAUUCGUAUGUGGGCUGAGAAAGAAAUGCAUAACUUGACAAGAAUGCAAAAUGCAGGAAUUCCUUGUCCUCAAGUGGUUAUGCUUAAGAAACACGUCUUGGUUAUGUCUUUCAUUGGCCAGGAUCAAGUCCCAGCUCCUAAACUAAAGGAUGUAACACUUAGUAGUGAAGAUAUGAAAAAGGCCUACUAUCAGAUUCUUAAUAUGAUGCAGCAGUUGUAUAAGGAGUGCAACCUGGUCCAUGCUGAUCUGAGUGAAUAUAAUAUGCUUUGGCAUGAUGGGAAGGUCUGGCUUAUUGAUGUCAGUCAGUCCGUGGAGCCAACCCAUCCUCAUGGACUCGAGUUUUUGUUCAGAGACUGUAGGAAUGUUUCACAGUUCUUCCAGAAAGGAGGUGUGGCAGAAACACUUAAUGAGCGUGAACUCUUCAAUGCUGUCUCAGGUUUAAAUAUUACAGCUGACAAUGAAGUAGACUUCCAAGCAGAGAUUGAAGCUUUGGAGAAGAUGAAUGAAGAUCAUGUGCAGAAUCACGGAAAGAAACUGUCAAUGUUUUCAAGCGAUGGAGACCCCCCUAUAUAUGAUGAAUAGCACUGAGUGUAUAGCUGCUAAUGAAAUGAAACACAAAUUUACUGCUUCUAACUAUGUUGGCGCAGUGGUAAACGUCAACUACCAAUGUCAAGAGAGAGUGGUUGACUGGAAAAACCAAAAUGGAAAACACAGCGAGCAUACAGUGAUGCCUCGGUGUUUUUUUUUAACUUAGCCUACACAUCAGGCUGGCACUGUGAGAAUAGACUGUCACUACCUCUUUGGAU